GUCGCUCUGCUUAAGCCUCAGGUGGUCUUGCUCGGAUGCACUGCGGCCUAUUCGGUUCGCAUUCCAGCACCCAUCGAGAAAGACGGGAAGCGAGUUUGUCGACGAUGAAAGAGGAAGGCAUGUGUCCGGACUCGCCGGAAGGCAGCUUGGUCACCAGUGAGGAAGAAAGCGAGAGGUUACCCAAGAAGGGCCUUCGCAAGAGGAGCCAGCUGGGCAAGCCGUUGACAUCGUCAGCCCCGCACGAGUGCAGCCCUCCUUCCCCGCAGGGCAAGCGCAGCAAACGUAGCCCUGUGCCGCAGACCUUUGAGGACAUGCACACCCAGCGGGUGAUUGCCAACGUGCGGGAGCGCCAGCGCACCCAGUCGCUGAACGAUGCCUUCGCCGAGCUCCGCAAAAUCAUCCCUACACUGCCUUCCGACAAGCUCAGCAAGAUCCAGACGCUCAAGCUGGCCUCCCGCUACAUCGAUUUCCUCUACCAGGUCCUGCAGAGCGAUGAACUGGACCACAAGAUCUCCAGCUGCAACUACCUGGCCCACGAGAGGCUUAGCUACGCCUUCUCGGUCUGGAGGAUGGAAGGGGCCUGGUCCAUGUCAACAUCCCACUGAGAUCCGUUUGGAAGGUAGACUCAGGAAGAAAGCCACCAUGCGCCAUGCUUGGGCCUCAGAGAAGAGCAG